AGAAAAUGACCUUAUUGAUCAAAUCUACUGCUUACCUCGAAAACACUAAUUAAUUAGGAUUCCGAAGACUUUUUGCAAAUUAUUCCGACCUUCGUGCCAUAUUUCCUGCAAGAGAUGUGUCAGUGACAGUAAUAUAUCAGGUUGCCGUUAAAGUGCAUAAUUGUUUGACUGGAGACAGUUGUUGAAAUUUAGGCUGUCACAGCUGGUGCUUAUAGACUGAAUGUCGCAACAACAAAUAUUGAGAGAUCAUUGUUUAAAACAGCCAUAAAUAGUUGUAAUAAACAGACCUGAGAAUAAAUUAGUGAUUGAUGCAUGUUAAACGUGAUAUUAACGGAGUCUGAGAAAUACAAAUUAUUUUUUGAAAGAAAUGAAAUAUGAUUUUCUAGAUGGAUACACCAGAAACAUGACAGAUAUUACUACUUCAGAAGAAAUAAAUUACUGAUUGUAUCAAUAUAUAAGAGCACUGAUAAAGGAUCAAAUGUCACCUCCCAUAUGGACAGAGUAAAACGAUUAAUUAGUCCUGGUACUAAGAGGAAAUUGAUUGGAAACACAGCAAACCGAACUUUUUGUGUAUCUCUGGAUGAGUUGGUUAAAAGAGCAUCAGAAGGAUGUCGUGUACCUAUAAUUGUAAAGAAAACUUGUGAAUUCAUUGACAAAAACGGUUUGGAUCAAGAAGGGAUAUUUCGAGUUAAUGGCAGUGCUAGAAUUGUAGAUAAAAUCAAAUCAUCAUUUGAUCAGACUGGAGAUGCUGAUCUGGAGGAAGAUCAUGAUGUCAUGGCAGUGGCUAGCACUCUUAAACUGUUUCUACGUGAAAUGACCGACUCGACUAUUCCCGAACGAAUGACUAAUCAAUUUGUUGAUAUCUAUGAAGCUAAUCAAGUUGACAGUGUCAGAUGUAUUCAACAAUUAAAGGUGGCAUUGAAAGAACUACCACUCAAUAAUUAUAACUUGUUGAAGUUUUUAGCUCAGUUUUUAGUCAUAGUGGCUCAUCAUGAAUAUCUUAAUAAAAUGAACUCCAUGGCUCUAGGAAUUGUGUUUGGUCCUAAUUUGUUCAGAUGUGGUCAAGGAUUAGAUGGAUUAAAGGAUCAAGGUGUUAUUAAUCAGAUUACUGCCAAGUUUAUUACAGAUUAUGAUACAUUAUUUAAAUUGGACUAUGAAGACUCACCUUUAGUCCUAUGGGAAAAACGCAGACAGAAAGUUGCCCCACCUCGGCCUCCACCUCCAAAGUUAAGUGUACAUAUUGAAGAAAUGAGACCUGUUCCUUCUCCUAGAAAGAAUAAGAUGAGAAAUUAUGAGAGUAACCAGUAUCAAGAUGACUGGGAUACAAGUGAUGACUCUAUUGGUGCAGUACCUUCUAUAAAUAACAUACCGGCCAGUCCCAGAACAUUAGCUAGUGAUGACGAGUUUGGUGGACGCGCGUCCCCCUUUGCUUUAGAUAGUGAAGGAUACAGUAUGAUUGAAUCUCCUGUUGUUACAGCCAGAACUUCAAGAGCUGUAGAGAAAGCUAUCAGUGAUACUAUUACUGGUUUAAUGAUGUUUGGUGAUGAUGAUUUUAGUGUUAGUCCCGAGAAAGAUAAUUUAUCAUUUGCUACUGACUCAGAUGUUAAUUCUCAAGGCCAGUCUUUCUAUGAAAAGGAUGAUUGUGAUGAAACAUUAGGUCCAAGUAUACAGAUAACAGAUUUAAUUAAUCAGUUUGAGAAUCAUGAUGAUACUUAUGGUGUAGCAGACGUUACAUUUGAUAAUAAAACCAAACAACGACCAACUUCUACAGCUUUUGAAUUUUUUGAAAGUAAAGGUGUUGUAAUAGUACAGGCACAGGAUCCAAUGUCUAAAUCAUUGACUGUCUCAUCAAAAAAUCCCAGUCCGUUUAUAGAUGAAGAUGAUGUGGAUGUAUUUGAAACAGUAAAACCAGAUAAUCUUCUACAAGGGUUCAAGAAACCGAGUGGACCAGUAAGAAGAACACCAAGUCGUAAAGGUAGAAAAAGUUUAGAGAAAGAAGAGGAGGCAUUAGAUGAUUUGUUAAAAGAAACCGAGAUAGUUUCCAAAAAUAACCCAUCUAAACCAGACAGUUUAAGCAAUCAUAGUAUUCGACCAGAUAUUGAUUUCCUACUGCGAGAAGAGAAAGAGAAUAUAAAACAAGCUGCAUCACCCGAUCGCUCACCAGGAAACAGUAGAAAACCAUUUAUACCUCCACUAGAUUUAACUAUCCUACAUGAACAUGUUGAUAGUUCAGACCCAAUACCUGCUAUGAAAGCCCAGUCUAUGGGGUAUAUACCAGUACAGAAUGAGUGUGAUAAAGAGAAUGAGGAAGAAACUGAUCCUAGUGUUAUUCUAUCACCUAGAAGUAGUAAACUUAAAAAAAAGAAUGGUUAUAGCUGGCUGUACGAAGAUAUUGAAAUAGAUGUAGAGGAGGCACCACUUUCUCCUGCAGCUUUUUAUAUGCGAGGUUUUAACAGUUGGCUACCUUACAAUGGAGAUGUAGAAGAAGCACCUAUGUCACCCAGUGCUAAAACAUUCUCCGAGCAAACCAGAUCAAAUGAAUCUUGUUCACAUAAGGAAGCUCCUCCAUCACCCAGUGCUAAUUUAAUGAUCAAUCAAUCAUUUACAAGUGUGGCAUUGAAUACAGAUAUACCACCAUCACCACCUGUUGAUCAAGAUAGAUACCAAAAACACGGCUCUGCACCAGAUGAUGAAAUAAGUCAAAAACUAAGACAGUUAACAAAGAAAAUUCAAGUGUUUAAAAAGAAAAUUAAGAACUUUGAGGAAAGUUUUGAAAGAGAUCACGGCUACAGACCCUCACAGAGUGAAAAGGCUAGUCGACCAGAAAUAAAGAAAAAUAUGCAUGAACUAUCAAAAGCUAGAAAAGAUUUAAAAAAAUUGAAAGAAGAGGCUGAAAUGGGUAGUCGUAGUCGUCAUGGUAGUGGAGCUUCAUCAUCUGGUGAAAGAAGUGAUCCACCAGCUAGUAUUUUAUCAUCAUCUAUACAACAAACAUUAGAAAUGUUAUUAAAAAGAUUGGAAGAAAAAAGAGCUGAAGCAAAAAGACCAAAUGAUAUAUCAAUGAUGAUAAGAGAACAGGUACAAGAAGAAAAGCUGGCUAUACAAAAAUCACUUCUACAUUUUGAGAAUCUUUUUGGCCGCCCGACAAAUAAAAUGGAGAAAGAUUUAAUGAGACCACUGUAUGAUAGAUAUAGAUCUGUUAAACGAAUUCUCGCAAAACCCACAUCUCCAAGAGAUACAGUUGAAUUAGAGACUGUACCAGAAGACCAGCCUAUAGAAAUAAUGUCAGCUACACCCUCAAGUUCUUUUCAUUCUCCGUUAAGAAUUCCUACAGCAGAAGAAGAGGAAGAAGAAGCAGAUGAAUUAGGUAGUUUACAGUUUGCUGUUACUAGAGAUUUUAAUGUAUUAAAAGAUACUGUAAACCCUGCUGAUAGUAAAGAAACAAUAUCACCAAAAGUUAAAAAGAAAAAUGUACAGUUAGCUAAUACAACAGAAUGGAAAUCUACCGAAUCGAAUCUACAUGAACUUGAUGUACAUGAAUUACAUGAUGAACUACACAGAACUAAAGCAGAUAAAAGAAAAAUGAGAAAACAAUUACGAGAAUUUGAAGAUGUAUUCUUUCAGGAACAUGGAAGAAAAGUUCAGAAAGAAGACAGAACACCAUUACAAGAAGAAUAUAAUAGUUAUAAGCAAGUAAAAGCGAGAUUAAGGCUAUUGGAAGCUUUAAUUGCCAAAAACAACUCCUCGGAAGCUUAAAGAGAUACAGAUAUUGUUGAUGAAGUUAUAUAUUAAAGAAAUAAUUGCAUCUGUGUAUUCAACUAGACUGUGGUUUAUAAAACAGAUAUUAAGUGUUGUGUAUAUAUGCAAAUGAGACUUGUAUUAUAAUAUAUAAACAUAUCUACAUGUAUUUAAAGCAAUAUAAAUGUAGAGCUAUAUUAUAUUUGUGUAUUGUUUUUAAAGGACAUGUUGAAGUAACUGUGAUAUGAAUUGUGAUAUGAGAUUGUUAUAUAUAGUUAAGUCAAAUUCAUGCCUAAUCCAGAUCCCACCCCACCCCUUCCUCUAUAUUCGGCCAGUCAUCAGUGCUAUAUGUAUGUGUUAUAUAAAAGUCUAUUACUAACAGCAUUGUUAUUAAUUAACAUAGAGCAUUAAAGGAUAUAGUACAUAUCGUAAAUAUAAAAUGAAUGGUACAUUAUAUUUCCGAUUUCCACAGUAUAACUAUGAUUAAAUACUUACCAGUGUUCAGAUGGAUGCUAAUUUUUAAAUUAUGGAAAAUUGAGCCUUUUAAGUUUAAAAUAAUUAUUGGUUUUAGUUUUUUGGGGGGUUUUUUUAGGCCAAAAGAAAAAUAUACAGUGCCUCCCAUUUACAUGAGUAAUCCUAAUUUAUCAGUUCAAUCAUAAAAUAGAUUUAAUCACCAGAUCUUAUCAUCAAUUAAAGAUCUGAUAUAUUUUCUGUUUAGUUAUUUUGAUUCCGCUAUUUGUCAUGCAUUUCAAGUUCAGGCACCAAGAUAGUGAAAAUAAGUAAUACUUUGAUAAAAUAAAAAACGCAUUCUACCUACCCGAUUUUAUUCAACCACUGCAACUGGAACCAAGCUGUUUAUUUUAUUUGGCCCGAGAAAUCAGAUACAAAAUUUGAUCACAAAUUGCUGCAAAUAAUAUGUUUUUGUAAAGAAAUGUGUUAAAUUGCAUGUCGAUUUUCAUAAAAAAUACAUGUAAAUGUAACGGGAAUAACUUGAUUGACUAUUGUUGAGCUAUUACUAUGUUCCAAUCAUAUCGUAAUUAUGGUAAGUAAUACAGUUUCUAAAUUAAAGAUAGUUAUGUGUCCAAAUGUUCAAUCAAUACCACAUCUGUAUGCGACAAGACAUAGAGUCACCAGCAUAAUUUAUGAGGGUUUUCUCUAAGUACUCCGGUCUUCUUCCACAAUGUUAUUGAAAAAUAAAAAAUAUGUUUGUCCCAAAAAAGAUCUGCAGUACUGAUGUGGGGACGUUAAACCCAUUUAUUUAUCUCUCUCUCUUUAACUUGAAAACAGUUUUCAAAUCAUGGUUUUCUACUUGUCAGCUGAAACAUGACUUUUAUAUCACUGUUUUCUAGUAAGAGACUUAUAAUUACCAUAAAUAGGAUGAUUGGAACACAGCCUAGGAUACAAUGUACACAGUAUUCAUCUCUCUAUCAGGGUAUAGAAGAUAAACUGCAUAAUUUAUAUAUACAAUAGUUUAUCAUGUUUAAUGAUUUCUUUUACAAAAACUAGCAUAAUUAUCAUUAUUAUUAUUUUACAGGAAAUUUACAAUCCAUAUACUUAUUACAUGUAAAUACUGUUCAUUCAUGUUACUUUUCUUUUUAAUACCUACAUUAUUAAACUAUUUUAUUAAUAUUAUAAUUAUCCUCAGGAAUUAAUUUUCAUUACUUUUUUUGACACUUCUAAAUUAGUCUGAAAUUUAAAGUGUAGAUAUUUAGUAUAUUAUACCCGGUGCAGCAUUCUCAGAUGACUGGUAGACUAACAUGGUUAGCACUCCUAAUUAAUAAUACUGCAUCAGUCCAUAUCUUUAACUAACAUAAGAAAAAUCACUUUCCAACAGUUUAAUACAUGUUAAUCUGAAGAAUAUGUAUUUGAUGUAAUUUUUUGAAUUUGAAAUAAUGAAAGUGUAUUCGUAGUCCAUUUCAGCUGUAAAUAGAAUAAAUAUGAUAAUACCCUAUGUAACUUUGAAUACAGAGUUUAAAUGACUGUUAUAAUUGUUUAUUUAAUCCAAUUCUUGUGUUAGCUAAAACUUAGAAGUAAAGAUAUAUAAUAUAUUUCUCUUAAGAAUAUCUUGUGCCAUAUUCAAGUUCAUCAGUUUUAUUCUCUUUCAUGAGAAGUAUUCUUCUAAUUUGUAUAAAAGUUGUAUUAAUUAUAUAAGUUCUGAAAAGAAAUUAAAAUAAUUUGAUUUGAUUGAUGCUUGAUUCCAAGUAGUUUGUGUCUUUAGUGAAAGUGAUUUGAGUUGAGUAUUAGAAAUAAGUUGAAACUAGCCAAGUGGUUUUGUUAUUACAGUUAGACAGCUUUAAAAAGCUUGUUACUUGUUUUUAUGGGAACAUAAAAGUUUUAUUAGUAGGGUUGUGAAGUGUAUAUAAUAGUAUUUUUAUGUUUUAUAUAUUUGUUAUGUAUGUAUGUAGUGUUUGUAAACCAUCUACUUACAUUCUAGUGCCAUCACUAUACAGAAAUGUCUUAUAUUCCUUUGUUAUGUUCUCACCAUAUUUAUUUUGUGUAAUUGAUGGAGUAAGCAAUAGUUUGAAUCAUUGAUUUGCGAGGAAAGAUAUUUUUUCCAUUUGUCAGGCCAUUUUUCAUUUAUACGAAGCAAGAUUUGUUUGGAGAUUAAAUCAUAAUUUGAUGAUCAUCUUAUUCUAAAAAAAAAAAAGACUAUUAUUUCCUUAUUUUUAGAUAUUCAACAGAAUAUUGUUGGUAAAUAGCUAUUGGGGUUUAAUUUUUCUCGUUUAUUUGGGUACAUAACAAUUUUUGUUUACUUCAAGAAACACUAAUUUACAUCAGAAGCCAUAUAUAUUUGUCUUCCAUUCAUUUAGACAUCAAAUUCUCUAACCUGAAGUAUUUUCUUUAAUUUGAAGUAAAAUCAUUGAUUUCAUUGUAUAUAUGUUUAGACAACAUGUAUAGGCUUUAUUAUUAACCAACUUUAUAUUGUGUAUUGAAAUCAUUCACAAAGAUGUACAUGUAUUUAGAAUACUGUUCACAAACUAGGUACAAAGAAAGAAAUUCAGCACCCCCUUGAAUUUUACAAGGACUCUUUUUGCGAGCUUUGGCAGUUUCAGUCCAAACAUGACAUAAAUCGUAUGCCUACCAAGGCAUUUUUAAAAAUAAGGGGGUGCUAAUUUUUUUUUCCCCUUUGUGUACCUAUAUAUAUAUGUAAAUGCUAUUGUUAAAUAGUUAAUGUAAAUAUAAAGUGCUAUUAAAAUUUAAUAUUUUAUAGGGGGGGGUAGCAUUGCUUUUAUUAUAACCAUCACCAGUUUGAAACGUACAUACAUAUAAUUUGUUAUAAAUAGUUUUCUUAAAACCAAAUCAUCAAUAAUUUCACACCAUCAAGCAAUUUAGUUUAAUUAGUAUUCAAACCAACAAUAUUUGUUUUGUUUUUAUUGUAUUUUGUAUUGUUUGAUAUAAUUUAUACUGGUUUUUAUUUACUAUUAUACCUACAAACAAUAAUCAUUCAUUAAUAAUAUAUUAUGUAGUUAAUGUUGACAAAGGUUUCACCCAGCUUUUUAUUUAUGUUUAGCACAUUAUAUUGAAUUUAUUUAUAGUUUAAAGAUGUCUCAAAUAAUUAUUCAAAAAAUUGUCCCUUUAAACACAAUUGGGAAAUCCUUUUUACUUUUUUUUCAUUAGACAAUGUUUUGAAUUCAUUUUCUUUUAAAUAUCUAUUUUGAAAAUAAUAGAAAGUUAGAAUUUGUGAUGUUAUUGGUUUGUUUGGUUUUGCAUUAAAGUAAUGUUUCUAUUUUUUUAAAAUUUAAUACAAACAAGAAUUGUUUUAAAGAAUAUUUUAGAGUUAGUAGGUCGUAGAUCUGUAAAUAAAAAUUAUUUUCCUAAAGAUGUCAAGGAAUAAUGUAAUUGUUGAAUUUGGUUUAUCAUUUGAACAUAAAAUUAUUGAUAUGUUAAUUAAAA